CUUCCAUAUACUCGGCUUCUCUUUAAUUUCAAUUAUAAAAGCUAUAUUUUCCCUCUUUAACUUGCGUAUCUCUUCUUUCGUUCUCAUAUUUGUCCCCUUUUUUGAGCUAUAGAUCACGUGUGGAUGCCACACUUAGAUGCCGGAACGCCAGAGACUGGCCAUUGGAGAGAUGCUAACUGCCACAAAGCCUAACCGUUACAGAGAGGGUACUAGGGACCGACUGGUAGACCCUGAACGCGUUGUAAAGCCCGGUAAGGCCUGUGGCAGAAGAAUGGCAUCACCGAUAGAACAAUACCAUACUGUCUCUCAAGAAUGCAUGCAAAACCGUUUUCCCGCCCCUUCUCGCUUGCGCUGCUCCUCCAUACGAUUCCCAAGGCAAACAAGCUCCCGCCGCGGCCAAAAAUCACGCCUGAGACGGAGCUCGUACUCAAAGAAGUGUUUCUCAAAGGUGGCUCCGGCGCUGGUGGCCAGAAGAUCAAUAAAACCAACUCCAAGGUACAGUUGACGCACUUGCCGACAGGGCUCGUGGUGACGAACCAGGCCACGCGCUCGCGCGACCAGAACCGCAAGAUCGCGCGGAUGAUUUUGGCGCAGAAGUUGCAAGAUAUGGAGAGUCCCGAGACAUCGCGGACGGCCGUGCUCAUCGAACGGAAACAGAAGAUUAAAGCAAGUAAGCAGAAGGGCUCAAACCGAAAACAAAGGGAGAUUGAGGAGGAACGUGCUAGAAAGUUGGCGGUGCAGCAGGCUGAAAUGGACCGUAUGUUGGAGGAGGCGGGGCUCAAGCCGAAAAGGCAAGAUGAGGCUGCACAAGAAGGGAUUGGGUCGAGGGAGACCAAACCAUCUGGAGUUGAGAAGUUUUCUAGAGGAGAAAAGUGAGAGACAAGUUGGAUGAAACCCUCCGGUUGUAAAUUUGACAUGAACCAUCCCUGUAUAUAGAAGGAUCCCAAGAAUCGACCUAGCCGAAAGGUAAAAACGUAUAGGUUGUAGUCUAAAAGAGAAAUUGGCUAUUAGCCCUGGGCUAUCAUGAUACCUUUUUCUACGCUGC